UUAGUGUCUUUUACUCUUACGAGUUGAGAGGACGCUGUGUGCUCUGUUUCUAGAAUUGACAAACAAAUUUGUCAUUUAUUUUUGCAACUAAUACCGUUCGUUCGAUUGAAUAAUUACAAACAAUAAUUCAAAUUUUUCAUUGUUUUUGAAUUUGUAUUUUACUUAAAAUUUCAAAAAAAAAAAAAAAUAAUUCCAUCAAGUGUCGCGCGGAACAUAAUUUAUACAAUUUUAUUUUGACUUAUUUGAAUAUUUUGGGCUUUUCCUUUUAUUUUAUAAAGAACUUGAGUUUCUUCUUUGUUGUCUUAUUUGUCUCUUGCUCGCAUCGCAUCGCUUCGCCGAAGAAAAGAAAAGAAGAAAAUUCCAAUUGAAAUUGAUUUUCCAACAAUAGAGGCAAAAAUACUAAUAACCAAAACCAACUACCAAUAACAAUCAAAAACAGAAAGAACCACAAAUAAAAGGUUGCGUAAACAACGUCAUAUGUACUGGUCACAAGAAGACCACCACCGCCAGAAUUAUUUUACCAAUUUGCAAAGUGUCCAACAUCAAAAUGGACUUCAACAAGCGACGGCGGCGAUGCCGCCGCAUCAACAACAACAACUCGCUGCACAACCCACUCUUAUUCAACAGCAGCAGCAACAACAACAACAGCAGCAACAACACCAACAGCAACAACAACAACAUCAGCAGCAUCAACAACAACAACAGCAGCAUCAACAACAACAGCAGCAUCAACAACAUCAGCAUCGUCCAGCGCAGCAAAUUCAAUCACAUUUUGCAAAUCAACAACAGUUCCAACAACACCAUCAACAAUGGGCCCCCGGAAGGCCAGCUCAUUUCUUGACCGUACCACCUUUCAUACAACAAUAUUCCAAUAACGUGCCCAAUACCACGCAAUUUUGUGCUCCUCCCCCAAAUUACUAUCAGACCCAACCGCAAUACCCGCAAACACCAGCAGUCGCAUCUGCGGCACCACAACAACGGCAAUGCUUGCCACAGGGGUGUCCAGUGUAUACAAUGCCGCCACAGGCAACUGCCUUGCGUCAAAGCGUUAUAACACAACCACCGCCCAACAUAAUGACACCGACAACAUCUGCCGCCGCCCAACAAUUGCAAGUGCAAUACUUUCCGACAUUUUGUCAGCCACCAUUGUUGGGACAACAGCCUUAUGGCCAUGUCAUGACCUCCACAUUAAACGAUACACACGUUACAAAACCCCGCAAACAUGCUAUCCCCAUAAUCCAUCCCGAAACAAAAGAGAAUAUUAUGGAGAAAAAAUACACCAACAAUGAGCCACCAGAUGCUGCUGAUGGUACAUCUUCAAUCGCCACCACCCCAUCAUCCACAUCCAUCGAUGAGUCCAAACAACCAAUUUAUGAAGUAAUCAAACAACAUGAGGAGAAGGAGGAAGUAGAAGAUGCCCAAGCGGACGAUGUCGUUCCACAAAAACAAAGCAAUAUCGAAGAAAUCACAGAACAAAUCGAAGAAGAUAUAACGGAUGCAUCACCAGCAGUUCUAGAUCACGUUGAAUCGAUUGAGCCUAACAAAGAAGAAGAAGAACUUAAAGAAGAAGAAGAAGAAGAGGCAGUCGAAGAUGAAAUCGAAAUCAAAAGGCCUAGUGAAGAGCUUUAUGAAGACGAAGAGCCCGUUCAAUCUCCAUCACCAUCAUCCAUAAGUUCCAUUGUUACUACACCAAAUGAACCUCAAACUGAGAAGACAACAACAAGAAGAAGUGUUGAUGAUGACGAAAUAGAAGCAGAAGUAACUCCAAUAACAUCAAGCAUCGAAGGAAAUAUCUCUGCACCUUUACAACAACAACAACAACAACAAAGGGAAUCACAAUCAAAUGAAGAAGAAGAAGAACAACAACAACAACCACUAAAAAUUGAAUCGUCCGAGCGGACGAUGGUGGAAGAAGGACCAUCACCUGCAAAAGUUGUUGCUCCAGCAGAUGAAGAAAAAGUCAUCGCCGCCAAGCAUAACAAAAUCCAAACAACGCCAUCACCGCCGCCUUCUGUUAUAGCAACACAAAAUAUGGCAACUACAACAUCAACAACAACUACUAAACCAACAUCAAAGAAAACGAAAAGAAAUAGCAAACGCCUGAAAGAAAGUCAAAAGAAACAAAAGGCAGAUUUGAUGAAAAGUGAAAAUAAUAAUACAAACAAGGCUACCAACCAAAAUGAGAAUAAUAAGGCUAAAGCUACUGAGAAAUUCAUCGAUCCUUGUAAUUCAACAACAAAUAGACUGAAAUCAAAAGCCAAAGAAACUUCUAAAAAUAACAACAACAAUAAAAAAGAAGUAAUAACAACAACGUCAACAAUAGCAGCAGUUGAUUCAAAACAGCAACAAACAACAUCAGUUGAAACAAAUACUAAAAGAGAAACAACUCCAGCUGCUGAUGUUAAAGCUUUCGGUUCUACAAUAACAACACCAUCAACUUCAACAACUCCUACAGCAACGUUGGAUGCAAAUGAAAACAGCGAAGAAAGCUCUCUGCAAGUUGAUGACUCAACAGAAACUCUCAAUACUUAUGAUGAAAACGACCAUUCGUUGUCGUUGCAACUUGACGAUAGUCCCAAAAUAUACAAAUCCGAAGAAAUUGCCUCCAAAAUAUUUGGAAUCGAACCAACAGACGACAAUGAACUACUAUUUCUUAAUAAUUCUGUGUCCGGUUAUGAAGAGGAUAUAUGUCCGUCGGAAUCAUCACCAACACCAACAACAAAAACAACUGAAGAUGAUGAUAAAAUUCAAGAUAUUCUCUUCGGUGACUUUUCGGAGACAGAAAGUUCCCCUCAAGAGUUUUUCUUAUCUAAUAACCAAACAAAAGAUGAAAUCAAAUCAAGAGAAAAUCAACCACAGCCAGAUGAAGACGGACAAGAUAUAGAUGAAGAAGUUGCUGUGAACUCAAUAAUUGAUUCAAAAGAGAAAAGAUACACCCUCGAUCAAUUGAGAUCGCUGGCGAUGGAGCCAGCUUCGAGGCUUCCACCCUCAUUUAGGGGUCAAAUAUGUGAGAUAAUUGGAAAGAACCCACGUGGUGGUGAUGGUAGUCAGGGUACCUCCCAUCAACCAAAUAAAUUCUUCUCUCAGAUGUCCUACAAGGAUUCUAUUAAUUUCAAUAAGAGGCGCAGUAAGCAGCCAAUGCAGCAGCAGCAGCAGCAGCAGCAGCAGCAACAGCAGCAGCAACAACAACAACAACAACAACAACAACAGCAACAGCAAGGCGAUCAACAAGGAAAUCGCGAUAUGAUUCGAAUAUAUCUGCCUUUGAAAGAAGACGUAAAACUGGCCGAAAGUGAGAAUGCAUGGGUGCCGCAGGCGCUCAAAGACUUCGGCCCCAAAUCGGUGGAAGAAGAUGACGAACAGAUUCUCAAGAAAAUUCGUGGUAUUCUUAAUAAAUUGGCCCCAGAGAACUUUGAUAAACUCCUUCAGAGUGCGUCUAGUUUCCCCAUGAAAAACGUGGAACGAAUCAACAAAGUAAUGUUGUUAAUAUUUGAAAAGACCGUAAGUGAACCGAAUUUCGCCCCAACCUACGCCAGGUUCUGUAAAUUCCUUUUCAAUCCCGAUGACUCCAACCACGCAAUGUUCAAGGCGAUUCUGAUAAGACGCAUCCAAGAUGAGUUCGAUGGCAAUGUCAAUAAUGCCAAAGCCAAGGAAGCCAAACUGAAACCUCUGAUGGAGAGAUUGGCGUCCGCCACUGAUCCCAAGGAGAAGCUUGAGAUCAAAGCCGAAUUGGACGAUCAAGAGUAUCAGUUUAGACGUCGGGCAUGGGGAACGGUGCGUUUUAUCGGUGAAAUGUGUAAAAUGGGUUUCAUUCGAAUUGACAGGGUUUUCAUUUGUGUCGAAAGCCUGCUCGAUGCGAGAUGCGAAGAGAAACUGGAGUUCAUGUGCAAGCUGUUGACGACAGUGGGGCCUCAGCUUGAAUAUGCCAGCCAACAGCCAGGCUAUGAAAAGGAAUGGGCAACAAAGGAACGUUUGGAUAAAAUAUUUUCCAAAAUAAAACAAGUGAUUGAGAAAAAGAAUCAAGGUAGCAACGGCCCGAAAAUCAGCAGCAGAGUAAGGUUUAUGAUGCAGGACAUUGUGGAUUUGCGUGCUCGAUCGUGGGAUCAAAAGGAAAAUGCAACAGUGCAGCUAACCUCUCGAGAGGCGUCACCGGCAAUUUCAAGAGGAGGAUCAUCCAACAGCCAACAACAGCCACAACAGCAAAGAGGAGGUAGCCGCAACUUAAUGCCACAAAUGUCGACUGGCUAUGAUAGAAAGAGACAACAACACAACGAAAACCAACAGAAGAACACGUCUAUCGACUUGAAUAAGCUGUCAUUCAACUUCUCCAGUGACAUAAAACUCUGCAAUUCAUCUCCUCUGAUGUGGAAAGUGCACACCAAAUCCCCGAUGCAGCAACGACAAGCUUCCUCAUCUAACACCAACCAUCAGAGUCGUUCUCUGUUGUCCGAAACGCGGCAGGCGGUGCAACAGUCGCAGCCGAAACCUAAAGAUCUGUCAGAUGCCGAAUGCGAGUGUCUGCUAAAUGGACUAAUUGAGACAGUGGGAGAUGCAGAAUCUCCCAAAGAGUGGUUCGUCAAAUGGAAUUCCAUUGCAGCGCCCCACCAAGCGUGUAUAAUAAACUACGUCCUCACUGAAUAUCUUCAUAUGUUGAAGUGUGAAUUGGAUCUCUGCUCGCAGCUCUUCGUCAGCCUCUUCAAAGAAAAACUAAUCACAAGGAAAGUCUUCAGCGAGGGCUAUGAGAAGUUCAGUGAAAACUGGUAUGACAUACUUGUGAAUGAUGUGCCCAAUGGCUGGACGAAAAUAUUUAAAUUCCUCGGUCCACUACUGCAUCUCGAACUGGUGGAAAUCAAUGACAUUUGGGACAAGAGUUGGUUCAAUAACACUUGUGGCGAAAGAUUUCUUCGAAGCAUGGUUGUCUAUUUCACAUCACAAUUCGGAGCCAACUACAUGCGAUACUUCUGGGAAAAUCACUCACUGCGUUGGCGAAUGUUCUUACAAGAAGAUAAAAUCCAAAGCUUUAUCGCAUCACAUCGUUUCCAAUUCAUCGAUGAUUCCAAAUGUAAUCCACCCAUGUUUAUUCAGCGCAGCACAGAAGAGCUCGUGCAGCGCAUCAAAGAGCUCCUCGCACAAUCCAGUCAAGACCUCGACAGUAUAAUUGACCUCAUAAUUGACUUCAUAAGUACGAAUGUCCGUAUUGACUGUGAAUUCGUUCGUAGCCUAACAAUGUUCCUCUGUGAUUAUUCUGUGAUUUAUAUUCCCAACAAACAAACUAGUAAUAGUACGAAAAAAUCUAAAACAUCCGAUAACUCCACCACGUCUGCGUGUUCAAGUUCAACAUACAAACUACGAGCAGAAAUAUUCACUAGAAACUGCAUACCGCUGUUAAGACUUUGCAUAGAUUCCAACGACGAACACGAAUUGAGUUGUCUCAAUGCAAUUGUCGCUGAGUGUAAUAGACUUGCCUGUGGUGAUAAAUUCCCCGUAGACUUGAUGAAUUCGAUUCUAGUUGAGCUUUACGGUGAGGUUAUAUCGAAGGAAUCGUUUGAUAAAUGGCGAGAACAGUUGUCUACCCUUGAAGGAGGUUUAUCAAAAGAUUUAGAUGAUUUUUUCAGGACGUUACCAAUUUAAUAGCAGCAGAAGCAAAAUUACACAGGAACAAUUUAGCAAAUACAAAUAUUAUUAUAUUAUUAAAAAAAGAAAAAGAAAAUAAACAAACAGUCGUUAAAAAAAAAGAAAAACAAACGUAAAUAUAAGCAAUCGAAUUGCCAACCAAAGAAAACAAAAACGUAAUUUUAUUUCUUUUUCCGUUUUGCAGUCCAAAUUCACCUAAAAAAAAACUUUAAUCGAGAAGAAAAAGAGAACAACAAAAAUUUAAAUAAAUAAUUUAAAAAUUAACACGAAGUUUAUAAUCAAAGAAGAAAAUAAAAAUAAAACAAGCUUUAAGCCUUUAGUACCAAUAGGUUUAAUAUAAACACAAAAUUGAAAACAAAAACAAACAAAUAAGAAUAAUAUAUAAUAAACGAAAUUUCAAACAAAAUGUUUUGUUAUAAAUGGAUCAAAAUAAAUGUUGCAAAAAAAUGCAAACAAAAACUUAA